AUGGCUUCAUCAGACGAAGGGUACGCUGACCCCUUUGCUGGCAUACAUGAGCCAUUUGCUGGCUUGACUGAAAUGGAUUUUGAACUCCACGACAUUUACAUGGACCACGAACCAGAGGAAGAAUUUGUGUCCUCACUUGAUAAAUGUAAGGAUAUCUUCCUAAAUGUUCUAUUAAGUGAUGAAAACCUACGAAAUUCUAGUAUGGCAAAUGAAAUCAAAGCACAAGUAUACCAUGCUACUGAUUGGCAGAGUGAUGAAGAUGAACAGGAGGUAUUGAAAAACAACUAUAGAAUUCAUGACCCAACCAUCAAGUGGGACAAGAUGGUACCAAAGCUUGGUGACAUCUUUGAAUCCCCUGCCCAACUGAAGUUUUGUGUCACCAAUUAUGUAGUCUCACAUGGCUAUAGAAUAUUCUUUGAAAAAUGUGAUAGUAAAAGAAUUGUAGCUAGAUGUGGAAAUAGGAAGGAAGAGAAUAAAUGCCCUUUCAGAAUUUAUGCUGCAUGGAUGUACAAAGAAAGAUCUUUUCAGAUCAAAGCUAUGAAUGGUGACCAUAAAUGUUCUAGGCAGUUUAAGUUUGGAUCCAUUGUGUCCCUUGAAUGGAUUGGAAGACAUUAUGUGACUGAAAUUGCAAAUAAGCCAAAGAUGAAACUUCAGGAAAUGAUUGACGAAAUUAGACAAAGGUAUAGGUGUGUGGUAUCUAUAGGACAAGUUAGAAGGGCAAGGAAAUGGGCCAAAAAUUUAAUAGAAGGUAAACUCACUGAGCAUUAUGCAAGGAUAUGGGAUUAUGCCCAUGAAUUGUUAAGGUCAAACCCGGGGUCCACAUGUCAAGUUGGUGUAACAACCAAUCCAGAUGGAAUGAAUUAUUUUCACAGGUUUUACAUUUGUUUCAAAGCACUAAGUGUUAGCUGGAAAAGAGGAUGUAGGAGAGUAAUUGGGCUAGAUGGGUGCUUUCUAAAGGGGCAGGUGAAGGGUGAACUGCUAACAACCAUUGGUAUAGAUGCCAACAACCAGGUUUAUCCAAUUGCUUGGGUUGUUGUUGAUGUGGAAAAUAAGUCUAACUGGACUUGGUUCCUUGAGCUACUCAGUGGUGAUCUAGACCUUAUUGAUGGAAGGGGGUUGAUAGUUAUAUCAGAUCAACAUAAAGUAAGUUUCUUUAUAACAUAUUAA